AUGAAUCAGCUUUUUACGGUGCUUCACUUUCUGGCCCAGUACAUUGCUGCCCCGACAGCAUUACAUGCAUUUCCAGCACAAGACAAUGGUCUCGUAGACUUGGGUUAUGCCAAGCACAUUCCUACAUACAUCAACACGACAGCUUCAGGCGAGCGCGUCGCCAUCUAUAAAAACAUCCGCUUCGCGAACGCACCGACUGGAUAUUUGCGUUUUCGCAAGCCAGAUACCAGUCUGCCAAUACAGGAUGGACUGCAGAACGGGAAAGCCUCCAUGUCGGACUCGACCUGUAUUUCCACUGCCCCCUGGAUGGUGCCAUUCCCGGGUAUCAACGGUACGACUUUUGGCGUGGAAGACUGCUUAUUCUUGGAUGUCUACGUUCCCGACGAGGUGAAGCCGGGUGACUACGUGCCAGUUCUACAGUGGUUUACCGGAUCGGGUUACGCCUUUGGAGGCAAAGAAUAUUUCAUCAGCCCCAUGGGGUUGUUUGAUCGCAUCAAGGCUGCUGGGUUGGGGAAAUUUAUCUUUGUCGCAAACAAUUACAGACUGGGAGUGAGCGGCUUCACUUACUCCGCAGGAGAAGACAUGGAUGCAAAUGUCGGAAUGUUCGAUUCGUUGGCCGCAGCGAAGUGGACUGCAAAGUACAUUCACAAAUUUGGAGGUGAUCACUCAAGGUUCUCGGUCAUUGGCGAGAGUGCUGGUGCCGGGAUGCUCUACUAUCUCACCACCCUGCAGGAUGGCGAGGCAGCGCUUCCCUUCCAGCAGGCGUUCAUUGCGUCGCCAGCUGCGCCUCCACGACGAGAAGUCGCCUCACGGCAAAAUAUGGUAUUCGACAUGAUUUUGGAUACGGCAAACUGCACGUCUCUCGAGUGUCUGCGAGGAUUGUCUGAGACCGAUUUGAAGACCGUGAAUCAUAUCCUUGUCAACAACACUUCUGCCGGUGGUGGUGGCGGCAAUUUUGGCCCCGGAAUUGGCUUCGGCCUUGCACCAGACGGCGAAGACUUUUCUGAUAUUCCGGCCCAGCUACUCCGCCAUGGAAAGGUGAAUCGUGGGCUGAAGCGCCUGAUUGUCGGCACCAUGGCGAACGAAGGGCUCUACACGUCCAGCGACGACAAUAUGCCAGCCGCCUUCCCUGCUCUCGUACGGCGCAUGCUGCCCGGGGCAAGCAACAAUACCAUCCUGUCUCUUCAAGAGCAGUAUCAUCCACGCGUACCAGCUCAGCUCGCGUGGGACUGGACGACCGAUGUCGUGUUUGCGUGCCAGGCGCACAGUCUGGCAGACGCGCUGCCUGACCGGACUCACUUGUUUAUCAAUUCGAUUCCUCCAGCGGCUCACGGCGAUGACAUAUCUUACUACUUUUACGUGAAUCAGAACAGCACGCCAGUGGACUACCCAGAGCUUGCGCUGGCGUACCAGGACAAGAUUAUCGAUUUCGUACAUGGCAAAGACAUUGAUUGGCCGCUGUAUGGGGAGACUAAAAGGAUGUACAACAUCACUGGCGAGUUUAUGAGCACCACGCUUUCGAAGGAUCUGCAAGACCGAUGCAAUUUCAUCAAUUCGAUGGUUCUGGACAAGAAGAAUGGGGCCUAG